AAGUACAUUUGCGUCUCUUUUAUAACCAACAAAGAAAACGCCAAAAAUGGUGUUCUUGUGCUAACUAGCAUUUUUUAAAAAACAUAAAUAAAUAAAACGCUAAUUUCAUUUAGUCUUUAUAACAAUCCGAAGCGUUAAGUUGCUUAGAGGUGCAACAUGGCAGAAUCCCCCUUUCCUCUGCCCUCCCUGGGCCUGCUGGUCCCUCCUCUCCGGAUGAUGUCAGCAGUUAUGUGGCAGGUGGUGCGCCAGGGCAACACAAAGCAUUAUGGGAAGCUGGAGGAGUUUGUGUCCAUGGUAACGGAGGUGGUUCCAGAACUCCUGUCCAACAGACAGAGGUGGCUGCUCAUCCUGGCUCUCAGAGGACGGGUGACUCUGGAACUGAUCCGAUCUGGACAUCCUGAUGACCUCAAGGCUGUUCAAACACACCUGGAUAGAAUCACAGCAUCUGGUCUGAAACAGUCAAACGAUGCAGCGAUUGAAUUUGCUGAAGCCAACUUCCUGAAGCUGAUCCAGAGCCUAGUGGAAGACCCAGAUAGGAGGGAACACUUCUUCAAGGUGGUGUUCCCGGUGGAGUAUGGUCCUAACUUUGACUCUGUCUGUCAGGUGGUGUUCCCGGUGGAGUAUGGUCCUAACUUUGACUCUGUCUGUCAGGUGGUGUUCCCGGUGGAGUAUGGUCCUAACUUUGACUCUGUCUGUCAGGUGGUGUUCCCGGUGGAGUAUGGUCCUAACUUUGACUCAUCGCUGCAAACUCUGGUGUGCCACUUCCUGUCUAGGCUGGAGGAGCUGCUGCCGGUCCCAGACUUCAAACAGACUGCGUUGUUGAUCAGUGCUGCCCCCUCUGUUCUGGAGGACUACAUGCACUGUGUCUCUCACGGAGAGGACCUGAAGUCUCUGCUACAGAACCAACACUGCCCCGGGAAGCUGCCCAAGAGUGUUCCCUCGAGGACAGAGGACCGUCUCCUCGUCUCGUUAUCCUUCCCUCCAUCACUGAGACUGGCCAAUGCCUCGCGCCACAGCGCCCGCGACAGCCCGCCCUUGGAGAUCAGAGACGACCAGGGGGUUUCGACUGACAGUUUGACUGGCCAAUGGGCCGAGUUAAAAACAAGUGUGGAUAAAAAUACUGGAACAGAUUCAGUAGAAACCCAAGGAUCUGAAGGAGAGGAUCACCUGAAGGAGAGACGGAAGUCUGAGGAAGGACGAGAAGCAGUCGUCUCGGAGCACCAAUACUCCCUGAGCAGCACUACAGCUGAACACGCCCCAUCAGCCUCCUCCGGUGUGUCAUCGGAGCAGCCGCGGCAGCGCGUGGCCCACAAGUGCCCCCAGUGCGGCCGUUGUUUCAUUUACCGCUAUGAGAUGCUGGAGCACCAGAGACUCCACACAGGGGAGAACCCUUACAAGUGUUCCCAGUGUGGUAAGACCUUCAGAAGGUCCUCGGAGAUGUCCACUCACCGCCGAACGCAGUGCUCCAACGCUGCCUAUGUCUGUAUUAAAUGCGGAAGCAGUUUUGGGUCGGUCAGAGAGCGGGUCAGCCACAGGUGUUGUAGACGGGCCAGCGGUUUGGGUCAGGCGGGCCAGUUUGAGUGUCCGCAGUGUGGGAAAAUCUUCAAGUGGCACAACUCAUUAAAGAAACACCUGGUAACCCACUCCACUGACAAGGUCUUCAACUGCAGGUACUGUGGGGAGGGACCAUUCCCGGGCGUGGCGGAGCUGAGGGCCCACCAGAAGGCCCACGGUGCAGAAGACAAACCCUACAAGUGUAAACAGUGUGGAAAGGGCUUCAGCUCCCAGGUCUGGCAAAAUAACCACGAGCAGCGUCACUCCCAAGAGAGGUCAAAGAUCUGCCCCAGCUGUGGAAAGGCCUUCCGGUGCAAAGGAGACCUGAAGCUCCACAUGCGGACUCACACCGGGGAGAGACCGUACCAGUGUACCUACUGCACCAAGAGGUUCUCUGUGAACGGAAACCUGACGAUACACAUCAGGACUCACACAGGGGAGAAACCUUUCCUCUGCUCUGACUGCGGCAAGGCCUUCUGCUCCGCAGGAGAGCUGCAGAUCCACAGGAGAACACACACUGGGGAGAGACCGUACAAAUGCACCGUCUGUGAGAAAGGCUUCACCAUGGCCAGUAAGGUCACGCUUCACAUGCGGGUACAUACAGGAGUACGACCCUACAUCUGCCACGAGUGUGGUAAGGCGUUCUCUCGCGGUGCAGAGUUGAAGAAACAUGUUCUGAACCACACUGGGGUGAGACCGUACCCCUGCCAUCUCUGUUCCAAGACCUACACCUGUCUAAAUCACCUGAAGAGACAUUUAAAGACUCACUCUGCCUCCCAGUCGUUGGAUGUGAGCAGUGGAUCGACUGUAGAAUGACCACUUGCAGAGGAAAUCCGUAUUGUGAAUAUAAAAUGUUAUUUUCUAACGACUGCUCGUAAGGAGUGCAAUAUACUUUAUUGUUAAUAUCGGGACUAGAACGCUGCUUAUAUAUUUAUUUUUUAGAGGAAGUGGAAUGUUUUUUUGCUGCUGUAGAAGUUGAGUCUGGGAACAAGGUCAUGUGUUUGUCUUCAGUUGAGGCUCAUCUAAAUAUCACCGUGCUUUCAGCUUGUUGAAAUUUCACAUGCCAAGUUUAACUAACUAUAAUUUGUGGUCCCUCCCAACCAUCUAGUUAUGAGGGUGUGUGAAUACAUCUUCUGCACAUAAAAAAAAAAAAAACACUUAGUCAUUUACUUUGAUCAAGUUAAUUAUGUUUAUUGAAAUGAAUCACUUUCACAGGAAAAUAAAUAAAAGUGAUGAAACUA